AUGUGGAAGCUUACAGCGCAUAGCGAACCCAUCGAUCUGGCCAGCGACUCCGAGAUGGACAACAACGUCGCGGAGCACUCCUCCAAGCCCUUGGACAAGAAACCCCGCGAGAGUGUGGCCCACAUCAAGCAUGAGAGCACAGACCAUCAACGACUUCGCGUCAAGACCACGCCCAAGACAGACCGUGCAGCCAAGAAAGUGAAGGAGUCGACUUUGUCCUUGAAGAACAAAAACGUCACGGAGCACUCUUCCAAGGCCUUGGAAAAGAAAGACCGCAUCAAGACUGUGGCCCACGUCGAGCACGAGAGCACAGACCAUGAACGACUUCGCGUCAAGACCACGCCCAAGACAGACCGACCGGCCAAGAGGGUGAAGGAGCCGGAGCCAACUGUGCCCGUGAACGCUUGGCUGCAGGCCAAGUGGGCUCCACACGAAGGCCACGGCAGCUGCCGAGGCUUGGACAUGCCAUGCGUCAUGGGCAUACGCGGGGCUGCAGCCCCAGCAGGACCCAGCGGUCUCUGCGACUUAUGCAACCUAGAUGACAUUGUUCUCUUGCAUCAGGAAGGUGAAGGUCGGCUAACGCAUCUCUUAUUACAACUCGCAUCGACGGAAGCUGACCUUGCCCUCGCCCGCAUUGCCGAAGUCGAUGCGGACGUGGCGGAGGAUUUGCGUCCCGAGCGUCUUCCUCCCGGAGUCCGUGGCGACUACAAAGGAUAUGGUUCCUGCCGAGGUGUGCAAGAUGUCUGCGGCAUGGGUGUGGAUGGACUGCCCGCCGCCGCAGGACCCGACGGACUCUGCGACCUCUGCAACAUCAACAAGGUCGCCUCCUUGCACCAGAACGGCAACGGCCGCCUCACGCAUUUGUUGCUCCAGCUCACCGAAGCACAAGCUGACAUAGCGCUGGAUCGCAUCAAGCACAAGGACGAGGCCGUGGCGAAGGAACUUCGGCUGCGAAUGACGCGGGCACGCCAACGCAAGAACCCCAAUCGACCUCGUCGUGGACCUCGCAAAGCCGAAGGCAACUAG